UUCUUCAUUAAUUUAAGUGAUGCAUUCAAGAGCUAAUUGUAACAAUUAGAGUUUAAUAAUUUGAAAUAAAAUUAUUUAAAGUAAUCUUCAAGAAGAAUACUAUCAUGGCUGCGUUAUCUGCAAAUAAAAAUAUAGAAAUAUUUUACAAAGCAAUUGCUGAUAAAAAAAUAGAUAUUAUAAAGCAGUGCUUGAAAGAUGAAAUAUUAAUGAUAAUCACGGAUCGAUGUGUCAGACCGCCACUUCACCAAGCAAUUUGGAGCGGGAGUAAAGAAAUAGUCGAAUUAAUUUUAAAAGAAGUUGAUGAUAUUGAUCGCGUGGAUUCAUUUGGAAGAUCAGCGUUGCACAUUGCGGUACAAAAUGGAUACGAAGACAUCGUACCGAUUUUAUUGAACGAAGGUGCUAACAUCAACAUCACAUGCAGAAGAAAAAAACCUGCUUUGAGUUAUGCCAUCGAUAGAAUUGAUUCACUUCGUCACGAACUUUCCAAGCAAAGAAAUCAUAAAAAUAAUCUUAUCUUCAGAUAUCACCACGACUUGUAUCAGUACAUUCAAAUCGCAGAAUAUAUUGAAGAGUAUUUAAUAAAAUUAGAAGCUAUGAAUCUUUAUAUAAGCCAUGAAAACUACAAGUUAAUCACUGGCUAUAUGAAUAUCGAGUAUGAAGAAGAAGAAUACGCAAAUAUGGAACUAGAUAUUAAUUUCGUUCCAAAAAAUUUGCAUCAAAAAUGUGAAGAAGAAUUUAAUGUUAUUAAAAAUGAAAAGAUUAAAGGCUACAAUAUUUCUUUUUAUGAUAUUUUAAUUGAUUAUACUUUUGAUGAUAAUCAGCUAUCAAAAUUUGCGAAAAUUUUAUUCGGUGAAAAUUUUGAUUAUAAACGCAAAUUUAAAUUGUAUUAUGGCAUUAUUAAAAAUCGCCUUAAAAGAGGAAUUGAAAGAAAUAAAUUAUUGCUUCAUUACGACUUGGAAUUUAAUGGAAAAAAUGAUUAUUACUUUUUUGGAGAUAUUCAAUUACCAAUUUAUUGUAUCACUGCCAUUUUAAAAUAUCUUGGGAAUGAAGAUUUGAAAAUUUUAAUUGAAGCUGAUCGAUUACCAAGCUCUUCUGAAUGUUCAGUUAUUUCUUCAAAAAUUGAAGGCCAAAAUAUUGUUACUAAUAAGAGAAAAAUAGAUGGAAAAGAAGAAAUAGAAACAAAAAAAAUUUGUUUGAUAAAAAAACACCCGAGUCCCCUGAAAAAAUAA